AUUGUAUUUCCUCUGGCUGGCGAGCGGAGGACGACGGAGCAGAAGCAGCUGGCCUCAGCCGCUGGACAGUGGGCCUCGACUAGCAGCAGAUAGGAAACCGGGAUAGAGCUGCCUUCCCCUUCCGGCUCCGCUCAGUCAGGCCUCAGAUCGGUCGAAUCCAGCACCCCCUCCAGAUUUGCGUCACCAAUCUUCUUCUUCUUCCGCCGCCGCCGCCGCUCCCCCACAAGGAGGUUAGCUGCUAUCCCCAAAUCGAUUCAUCAAUCAUCCGUGUCCUUCCAUUUCAUUCCAGUCGGUCGCCGCAGCACGGACCGAGAACAGAGCAUCACGUCACAUCAAACUAACCUAACCAGCCUCGUCCCUCGCUGCGUAUCUGCUGCACUUUCAUCAACACCAGUCUUUCUCCUCCUGGAUUGCAUUGCCCAGGCAAGAGAACGCACGCACACCGACCGGAAUAGCCAUGAUCUUCUGAUCCAAUCCAAGAUGGGCCUCAAGGAGCAGCAGCUAGACGCCACUGACCAAACUCGUGAUGCCGCCAACUCCCUCGCUUCUGUUUCUGACGAGCACCACGAGGGACCCCGUGUCUCAAGCUGCAGCACCGACAAGGAUUCUGGCCUUCCAAGUUGCCGAGUCUGCCAUUGCGUGGAACCCGAUCUAAGAGGCGAGUCCGCCCUCGGAUUCUUGGGCAUCGUGCCCCCUUCCCCUCCCAGGACUGACACUGGGGGGCCAAAGGAUGAUGCUGCCACCAGCCCCAAGGGGGAGAUAUUCGUGUGCGCUACUGACGUCGAAUUGCAGCAGCAGCAGGACCAUCUUGUGGAUCUAGGGUGUUGUUGCAAGAACGAGCUUGCCCUUGCGCACUAUGCCUGUGCGUUGAAGUGGUUCAUCAGCCAUGGAUCCACCGCCUGCGAGAUCUGUGGAACUGUUGCUGCAAAUGUAAGGCCUGACGAUUUCAACAAGGUUCUCGCGUCCCUCAAGGAUUACCAAGCUCUCAGGGAAAGUACAUCCACAUACUGGUGGUUGCAGCAGCAUAGUGGUGUUGAUCCAGACGCUGUUGCAGCAAUACGAAGGCACGAGAUCUCAUCCUGGUUCAAUCCUCACGUGCCUAUCUCCCAAGGCCACAUUGAUCAACCGCAUCCCUCAACCAAUAAUUCUUCUGUUCUUGAGCAGCAUACUAGUGUUGUGGCAAACACAAGAUGGAGUUUGGAGAGUACUGGAGUUUUUAUUGCUAUCUGCCUGGUUGUCAUUAUUCUUGCAUGGUUGGUCGCUCCACAUGUUGGCAAGAAAGCUGCUGUAAUCUGUCUUCAUAUGCUUCUUGGAGGUCUAUGCAUAUUGACUGUAGUAAUAUCCCUGAGAUUUGUUUUCCCGAGAAUCCAGUAUGGGUCUAUGCAAUAUUGGGCAAUCUUGUUUGUGUCCUGGUUCCUUGUGUUUGGUGUUUGGGCUUCACGAACACGCGGCGCGCGUUCCUCAUGAGUAUAUUCUUGUGUACUUGCUAUGUAAAAUAAUGCUUGUCUUUUCUCCGACUUGUUAUAUAUAUAUAUAUAUAUAUAUAUAUAUAUAUAUAUAUAUAUAUAUAUAUAUAUAUAUAUAUAUAUAUAUAUAUAUAUAUAUAUAUAAACUGCCUGUAUAUGCUUGAUUUUGGAAGAUCAUGUCCAUGCUACAAGAGAAGAAGUUGGUCAGUAGUCUGUAUUGGGUUGGUUGCUUCUUAUUUAUCCAUAGAUCGUGACUGUUUUACACUACUGCAUUGCUUGCUUGUAUAGUGAGAUGACCUCCAUCCUUGGGCAGAUCCACACGAAUUUGAGAUGGAUGUAUAUGUAUGUGCCUGCGCCCUGCCUGAGAAACUAAUAUGCAGUUUUCGUCAA